UUUCGCGGUAUACUAAUUUCGCGACUUUCACGUGUUUCUCUAAGAUUGUAGUAACGUAGCUAGAAAGUUGAGAGUUUUUUACUCUUAAAAAUGGAUGCGAGUAAAAUGGAGUGCAAACGUUUCUAGUCACAGGAUAAUUAAGUUUUUUAAGUGUUUUUAGAAAAAUGGGUUAAUUUCGAAGCUCGUCGUUAUUUUAAUAUCAUGUAGCCAUCAAUGUUACAAGGUGGCUCCAUUCGUCCAGCGCUAGGCGCACAGCCACCACCAAUGAUCUCUCUGCGCAGACCUUUCAAAGUUACCUUCAUUAUUCGUAAACGCAGCAUAUCGCGACCGGAAGAAGAAAUCACGUGAUGUCACGUGACGAGAUUCAGCAAAUCCGUGAUCGGCUUAUGCAACUGGCCGAAGGCACGUCGGGUCAGCGCCUACCUUUCAAUGUAAAACGAAAGGUCGGGCUUUCGCGGCAGUCGUCGAAGACUGCGCCGGUAUCUAAGCAGCUCAGUGUGCAGGACUUCGUUCGAAUGGAUCCAGGGUACACUCCCGAUAUUGAACAUUUGGUAUUCCCUAAUUCCCGAAGGCGAAGUCCGCAACAGGUUGCACCGGCGGUCCCUGUUGCUGAGCCAGGCCCACCCGCAAAUAAGACGCGCUCUCGGCUGGCCGAAAUGUUCGCGUUGAGUCGCCACCUACAGCGGUCUUCAGCAGAACGGCAAGAUAGCAAAAAAGUUAAUAGGAGUUUGGACAGUGCUGAAAUUUCAAAGCUCGCAUCAUACAGUAGGCAAUCGUCGGUCGCAGGCGAUUCAAAUAGGCGAUGGGUCUACAGCGUGGAUGCGCCAGUUCGACAGAGCUCUAUGUCCAAAAUCCUAUCAAAAGUAACCCCAGUAACAACAGAAACUAAGGCUCUUCCUACUAAAAAGAGUAAUGUUUCCAUAGUACAUCUACGAAGCACCUCGGAGCCUUGGGAUCGAGGACCAAGACCACCUUAUUCAUCUGCUGCCGCACGAUCUUAUUUUGCGGCCUCUCGCAGUGCUGCAACUACUAGCAUGCCCUCGUCGGGGCCAUCUCUAAAAAAGCAUCAAUCCUUAGGCAGUAGCAGAGGUAGUAGUACAGCGCACAAAUGGAGUACUUCACCAAGCUUUCAUUCCGGAUCUGAAGUUAACUCUCCGGGAAUUUUUACAUUUAGUGGAAAUUACCAAAGGGAUAUGUCUCCAGUUAGAUGGUGUGAUCGAGAGGUAGAUGGUGUUUACUUGGGAAAAUCAGGAUGGGUUCAAGUAGCGCAGCGAUCUGUAGAGGAUAACAGAAACAAGGCAAACAAAGCAAGUUACUCAAUUAACCUAGCAAAAUCAUUACAAUCUCGUCGAACGGGUGUGAAACUAGCAAAUUAUCAUUUCUACAGCGAACCAAGCAAGUGUCUUUCUUUUUCCCGUACAGCCAGCAUUGAUUCUCAAGCAGAAAAACGGUUGGAAGCACGCAAUGAACCAUCUCGACCUGAGCUGCCUAAAAUAGAUGUGCGACGUGAAUCUAACGUCGAUAACUUUCGAAGCUCCCAUCUGCAACGACCUGCUGCUCUUCAACUUCAAACAAUGAAUUUUGAAAGAAAGCACAAAUCUCCUUCUCCACUGCCAGAGCCUUCGUCUCCACCUUCUGUAACUCCAAUAAUAUCUCCACCGCCAGCCUUUCAGGAUAAAACUAAAAGUCCUGUUAAAUCACGCACAUUCUUUGGGAAAACGCCUUUUCUUCCUCGCUCAAAUGCCAUUGUAGAUAGUGAUAAUAGCCCACCUAGUUCACCAAUAAGAGGUGGUAAGUGGAUAACCACUGCUCCAAACGCGCCUCAGCAGUUGACCAAGCCAAAACAAAUAGUAAUUAGAACUUCACCCGGAAUUGAAAAGCCACCAAGAGCUUUUAAAAAGGUACCACAAACAAAGUCUUUGGAAGAUACUACAGCAACUAGAAGAAUGCAGUUUAAACACCAAUAUGGAUCAUCAUCGAGUUCAUCAAGCUCUAUGGGAUUUAGAAGCCUUGACAGUUGCUUAAAUCGCACCAAUAGCGUUAUGCCUAAAUUAGUUGAAAAUACGGAUUCUUCUGUUGAUGCAUGUGGUGACGCUGACGAAGAAGACAAUAAUAGCUCUUCCGCGAAUACGAACGUGUUCAAUCCUAAUCUUCUGCAGGCAGAAUUUAACAGGAAAUUAUCGCCUUCCGGAAGAGCUAAGACCAUACAUCAGCGAAAUCAACUACGCAGAUCACCAGCAGGUUCUGAUACAAAACCUUCACCGGCAUCAUCUUCCUCAAGCAGUAAUGAAUGCAUAUCACGAUCGUCACCGACUCCUCAACACCCAACAGUUAUUCGGCGAAAUACAGCAAGAAGUCAAUUUCAACCGCCUAAACCUCCAAUACCCGACGACCCCUUAUCGAGAGUAAGAAGGUCUAGAAGUUUACAGUUGCCCGAACGGCAACCUCCUACAUUUGAAAGAAGUCAAAAACUUUCACCUCAGCAUCCUGAUCAUAGGAUGAAGAUGGCUGGUGACCGGCUUUCCUAUCCUCCCCCCACUCCUCCUCCUUCUUCAACUUGUGAUAGACCGCAAAAUGUUUCUGGAAAAUCUUCUUCAAUUGAACGCACUGAAUUAAUGGAUGAGGAACUAUUAAGGGAAGCAGAGGUAGUUGCUGGUUUUCUUUACGGAAAUAGGUCUAGGGCUGCUGCGCAAGCGUUGCUAAUGCAUAGGUAUAACAAUAACAAUAUUUCGAUCGACGAAAAGAAUAAAGACUCCAAUCUUCAAUCGCUAAAUAACGAACUAACAGUUUACUACGUUGGAAAUAAUAGGAACGAGAGGCAGCGGGUAUUACUUCGUGGUGCUACCAGUCCAAGCUUACCAUCAAAUAAAAGCAGUUUCGAUAAUGUUAAAGACAAUUUUGAAGUUAAGGGACCAUGUAGUCCCGAAAUAUGUGCUUUUUGGCCACAUUGUGCUCACAGAGAAAAUAUUAGUCGGGAACCUCAAUACAAUAUGCGAUCGUCCCAGAGCUAUCCGUCUCAUCAAAGAUCGUUGGAUUCCGUCACAACAAGUGAUUCAAGCAGAUCUGCAUCAACGGUUAUCGAAAAGAAAUCACAAGAACAAUACAUUCCCUCACAGCCAAGUCGGCGAGCUGAUUCCGAAACACGAGGGGCCCGAAAACCGCAGCAGGAAUAUCGCAGAAUCAGCCCCAAUCGGCCUUCCGCAACAGGCAGCAGCACGAGACGGAACGGUGCCCCGGAAGUGCCGGUUCUCGAACGAAAAACAUCUACUCGGACUGGUAACUUAAGCGGUUCUUCUUCGGGUAGUGAUGUAUGGAUUAGCGGGUCAAGAGUUUCUUCUAUUCGAGGCUCCAGGGCGUCAACACCUGUGGAAAAUUAUUUGGAUAAGGAUAAAACUGUGCUUUCACGCCCUGGUAGCGCUCCUAUGCAGGAAGUCCCCUCUGAUAUGCUGGUACCUCAACAAAGAUCCAUGUCACUGCCAAAGACCUUUUUGGCCGGAAGUGAUGCUUUUUCUGGAUGCAGAUCCGGUUUAUAUCUACAAAGUGGUCAAAUAUCCAAAAACAGGCAUGGAACUGAAAGUCUUAGCUCAUCUCCAGGUAUAUAUCGAAAAAUUCCCAUUCCAGAAGUGGCUCAAACCGCCCCAGCUACACCUCUUCACGAAACACGACUGGGAAGAUCUCCAAUUGAAAGUGAAAGAAGACCUAUUGCUACAUCAACCCCACAUUUAUCAGAUUCACAAAGAGAUUCAAGAAGAUGGAGCGAACAGGCAAGCGGUAAUAGUGAUGAAUCACUUAGUCCUAGUCUGUCUGAAGAAGCUGCGUUUAAUUCAAAUACAUCAAAAAAUGCUAGUGAAAGUAUCUUGCAAAAAUUUCGACAAACAAUUUCAUCGCAUUUGAGUCAACGUAAAUUAAGCAAAGAUAGCUGCGCCUCUGAAGAUACAGCUUCGGAAGCAUUGCCAUCCGGAGAAGAUUCAUCACCGAGGCAUACCAGCACAAUAAUAUCUAUAGGUGGAACGUGUAAUACCGAGAGAGAUGAUAAUGUUAAACAAAGCAAUCAAAAAUAUCGAUUUGGACCACUGGUGUGGCACUCAAGCAAGGAACGAGACAAGCUAAACAAAGCAGCCAGAAGUGCAAAAUGCAACAGCGGGGACAGCGGCAUUCAAAUUGAGAUACCUGGCAGUUGUGGAGGUACUAGUGGGGAAAGCGAAACAUAUGACACCGAUAGGGCCUCCUUCGAUAACUCACCAAUUUUCCAACGUAAACCUAAUCGUAAAGCCUUGAGACCCUACUCAGAAAGCACUUCAAAAUCUUGGCUUAAUAAGGCCGACGUAAAACAGCAACGACACCAAAGUCCACGCCUUAGCAGACCAAAGGAAGUCCGACGUACCCGCAGCGACCUGGGUGGUCAACAAAUGCCCGCUUGUUAUGAGCAAAGACAAACCGCAGGCCGCCUAUUGUGUAGUAUGGAGUCCUCGAAGCGACCACUUAGUCCUCGUAAACGGCCACCCGAAGGCUACCCAAACGUUAUUUUGCGCAGUAAACAUAAUCAUGAUAGGCGAUCAAACGGACUAGGCUUAAGACGGUCUCUAAGUCAACCGAUAGAUAUUGAUAAAAUUUCGGCGGAAACGGUUGUUAAGUCUCCAAACUUCAGCGAAGAGGAACAUGAGCAGCAUAGAGUUAGCCGAGUAAGCAAUACUUCAGAUGACGGAUCUGAUUCUGACGUAUCGUCAGUAGCCUCUCUAACCAGGCAUAAAAAAAAUUCCCAUGAUCCAAAUAACUAUGAAGAAUUACUAUGCAUAAAAGCUGAAGCCGUAUUCGAUCAUGUAGCUAUCGAAGAAAAUGAACUACCGUUUGGAGCCGGAGAUGUUAUCGAAGUUGAAGAUACUCACGAUCGCGAAUGGUGGUGGGGUACGAAUGGUUCGCGGCAUGGUUGGUUUCCUGCUCAAUUUGUUCGUUUACGGGUUAGCCAAGAUGAUACAGUUGAGGACUGCUUGGCCGCUAUGGCUUCGGGAAGGAAGGUGUCAAUGCAAAUUCGUAGGAGGCCUAGUAUAUCAUUUUUAUCCAACGUCGAAGUAAGAACUAAGGUGGUGCGGGAAAUUGUGGAAACCGAAAGGGAUUUUGUAAAAGUGUUACGAGAUAUAACCGAGGGUUAUAUGUCACAGUGUAAAAAAAAUGUACAUAUGUUUAGUGAUGAACUAAUUUCUACAAUUUUUAUUAAUUUAGAAGAGAUAUUUGAAUUUCAAUUAGAUUUUCUCAAAGACUUAGAAAAUUGUAUGGACUGGGAUGCACCUUAUAAAAGUUGUAUCGGUGAAUGUUUCUUGAAACAUAGUGACAAAUUUAAAAUCUAUUCGGAAUAUUGCAAUAGUCACCCAAUGGCAAUAGCGGAGUUGCAACAGCUAUACAAAAAUGACGCGUAUAGAGAGUUCUUCGAAGCAUGUAGAAUGUUACAAGGUGUGAUUGAAAUACCCCUAGACGGUCAUUUACUUACCCCUGUACAAAGAAUUUGUAAAUAUCCUCUUCAGUUAGCAGAACUGCUAAAAUACACAAGAACUGAUCAUGAAGACUAUGCAAAUAUUAAGGAGGCUCUGGAGGUGAUGCGAGGCGUUGCUAUGCUCAUCAACGAACGAAAACGACGGAUGGAAAGCUUGGAAAAGUUAGUAGCCUGGCAGCAAAGAGUGGAUAACUGGGAGGGCGAGGAUCUCAUUGAAGUAAGCUCGCAACUAAUCCUGCAGGGAGACGUAGUCCGGGUAACAACCAGCCAAAAACCCCGAUGGACUAACAAUGUCACACUUUUUCUAUUCGAUCAUCAAAUUGUAUAUUGUAAAAAGGAUAUGCUUAAGAGAAAUACCUACAUAUAUAAAGGACGAAUCUAUUUAGAUAAUACAAAAAUUAUUGACGUUCCUGAUGGCAAAGAUCCCUCUUUACACCUCAAUUAUCGCAAUGCCAUAAGAAUAGAAAUAAGAAACGAUAAUUGUUUAGUGUUUUGCUGCCGUUCGGCGGAAGAGAAACAGACAUGGUUAAACGCUUUUGAGGAAGAACGGAGGUUAGUUACUCAGGACAAGAACAAUGGCUUGGAUUUACCCCCUUCGGCGCGAGAUUUAGCUCGAAUAGCUUCUGCACGGCAACAGAGACCUCCUAGAAAGCUGACUCGUGGCCUAAAUCUCAAACAACAACGCGGGCAAAUAAGUUCUUCAAUGUUGCAACUUAAUGUUACCCCAUCAAAUACACAUAUAGGGCGAAAAAUGGUUGGUUGGUUUUUCAGCGGAGGAAAGAAGUAAUACAGGAUUUUGUCAUCUCAGGAACCGCUACUUCUUUGUUAAGAAUGCUAAAAUGUAUUUAUGUAUUAUACCUAUAUUAAUUUUUAAUGAUAAGGAACAUAUCAUCCUUUAAGACUGUAAGGAACAAAUAUCUGUUUAUAAUAAUAAUACUGAAAAUAUGGUAAGAUCAUGUUUUCUAUUGCUACUGCAAUACUAUGGUAAUUGCCAAUUACUUCUCUCAUUGAAAUACUUGUAUGUGGAAACGAUGCUAAUAAUGGUUUUUACAAGUCGAUGUACGAAAUAGUAUUUAGCGUUUAAGGAAAUAUUUUGGGGUAAUGUCUUGUAAAAAUUUUACACAAUCUUUAUACUCAAAUGUGGCUAGAGCCGAAUAAUGUAUCAACAAUAACUAAAGAAAACUAUCUGAUUAUCGUAGUUUAACUACUUAUAAUAAAACAGUCAAAACGUUGCAUUAUUGUAAAUAAAAGAACGUAUGUAAAUGAUAUUAAUCGCUGUAUAAUAAUCGUUAUUUGUGUUUAAUAGACUGACUAUUUGAAAGUAUGCCUAUGUCUUCUACAAACUUUUCUAUCGCUUGAAAUUUCUGGACUAAGCGUAAAACAAUAGAACUAAAAUAAUAUAUAUACUGCUUCAGUAAAGGUAAUAUAUAAUUAUAUAUAAAUUAUGUAUGUAAGUUUAGAGCAGCACACUUUAUAAGUUAGUCUCGAAAUGGACUCUUUAAAAUAAAGUGUUCUAUGAAUAUGGGAUUGGAUUAAAUUUUUCGCAGCCUCUAAUAAAAUCAGUUUUUGUCAAAUAAAUGUCUUUAAAUUCAGUCAUUUUUAAAACUCAGAACCUAGCAAAAAAAGGUGAAAUAUCCUGGAGUAAUAUUAUUAUGAGUACAUCACCUAUUAUUAUAUAGCUGCAUCUAUUAUUAUAUUAUAAUAAUUGUUUAUCAGUGUUGUUAAUUGUGUCGUUACUAAAAUUCAGGCUGUGAAAGGUUUAAAGCAAAAAUCAGUUUUUUACUGCUGAAUUUCAUUCAAUUUGUUCAAUAUAACCAAUAUGAUAGUUAAUUUAAAGUGUGUCUUAUAGCUCUAUUAGAGUUUAUACAGUUGAGGACAAAAUAAUAGCAGUAUGUGCAUAACGAAAAGAAAAAUGUAUUUUUAUUGAGAAAAUAUAAGUAAAGUAAAUAUAUUUUUAUGUAAUGAAAUACACAAUAACAUAUAUGUUAAUAUUAAUAAAUAACAAUAAAAAAGAAACUUAUGUAUUUGUAUACUAAAAAAUAAAAAAUAUAUCUCUUAAUUGUAUGGUCAUAAUAAAAGCAGUGUUUGAAGAAAAAAAAAUUAAUUAAAAAAACUAUUUUAGAAAAAUCAAAAAAAGUGCAUGUACAUUUUAUAUAACGCUUUAAUAAUUUAUGUUAAAGCCUUUGUUUGCUGCUUCACAUCGUCGUGGCACAGAGUUUACAAGAUCUUGGCAUCUCGAUAACGGGAUACUAUGCCAGGAUUUGCUAAUAACUGUCCAGAGUUCUUGAUUUUUUGGUUUCUCACGUGAUACAGCAUCCUUAAUGUUUCCUCACAAAUUCUCGAUGGGAUUGAGAUUUGGACUGCGCAGGCCAUUCUACCAUAUUAAUGUUGUAAUCAAUUAAAAAUUGUUUACAGAGACGGAUGCUAUGUUUCGGAUCAUUAUCAUGCAUGUAGAAGUGGCAUUUCAUAUUCUGCAAAAGGUAGCAUAACCUCCCGUAAAUUAUCGACAUAAAUAUGAGUUUUAAGAAUUAUGUUUAUUAUCCAAUAUAUUGGUCCUACUCCAUAAUAUGAAAAACUGGCCCAUAACAUAAUUUUAGAACCACCGUUAAUCGUCUUAAUGGUGAAUUUAGGUUGAUAAGCGGUAUUCAAUGGGCGUCUAACGUAUGUUCUACAUCCUGUAUUACCAAACAAAACUAUUUUGCUUUCAUCUGACCAUAAAAUAUUUCGCCAUUUAGACGCAGGUCAUGCUGAAUGUUCCUUUGCAAAUUUUAUUCUGUUCUUAAUUUGUCUUUUAUUUAAUACUGUCACUUUUCGUGGGCUUCUGGCAAACAAAUUAGCUUCUCUUAAUCGAUGUCUUAUAAUUCGACUGGAAACAUCCAGUCCUACAAGGUCUUGGAGUUGAGAUGCAGAGGCAAAUGGGUUUUUUCUUUGAGGGUCGAAUUGAAAGUUUUUCCUGUCUAUUUGUAGUUUUGCGUUUACGACCACGGGUUUUGAUUUUGGGCUGCCAUCUUAAAGCAUUUGCUACCAUUAUAGCUGAACAUUCCAUUAUUCCUUAUAUUUGCAAAUAUGAUUUUCCCUGAGCGCGUAGUUUUCUUAUUACUUCGCGCUUUUCUUGAGAACAAUGUUUAUUUCUGCCCAUCUUUCUAAAAAAAGUUUAUUUUCAAAGAUCACAAUAUAUCAAACAUACCAGUAGAUUAGAAAAACUCAUCAAAUUCCUAAAGCAUCCAAUAACAAAUAAAUACUACUAUUAUUUUGACCAUCUAAAAUGCAGGUCUCACUACAACUGGAUAAAAUAUGUUUGUUAUCGGCUUUUAAAUACAGGUACUAUCUUAGUACUUUGUUCGUUGGUAUUUUUAGAACAAAUAUUUUGUUUUGCUUUAGAAUUUGUGCAUAACAGGUUUGGAAUGCGAAUAUUUAAUUUUAUCCAACUACUGCUAUUUUGACCACAACUGUAUAUAGCCUAUAAUAUUUUAAAAGUAUUGGGACACGGAGCGGAUAGCCUGGUAUUUUAGGGAAAAAUAUUCCUGUAGAUAUGUGGAACGUUUUUAAUAAAGAAACAAAACUUUUAUUUUGUAAAUAUAGAAACAAAAUCAAUUAUGAAAUGAUUAAUCUGCAAGAGAUGUUUAAAGUGAUUUUCUCUAGCUCAAACGAAAAUCUAAUCUUUCUCAUCGACUCCAGAACUCUUUUAAUGAAACCAUGGCCAGGUCUUAUUGAGUUACGCCCAGUAACUAUCGUUUUAUUUCUUAAAUCUAGGAGAGUAGUAUAAAUUAAUGUCUUAAAAUAGACUAGUGGACAAUCGUACAUAGACCACAUUAUAUCUAUUGCAACCAAUACGAAAACCUUGCAGUAUUUAUCAUCGAUAAAUUUUUCUGGUAGAAAUAUCAGUCCACUUAAAGAACCAUCAGCAAUUCAGCCCAAACGUUCAACCAAAACUGAAGAACAAUUUUCAAGUACCUUGUGAUUAUUGUGAAAAUAAUUUAAUUUCUUGAGCAAUUAGCUUCAUGGAUAAAAAGAAUCACUUUUAGUAACUCAAAAUUAAGAACCAAAGUAUGUAAAGAAAAAUUAGAAGGCAGACGUUUCUAAUAUUAAGACACAUAUAUCUGUUUCAUGAAACAGAAUCGAAAUUACAUUCGCGAAACCAAUUCGAAUCUACAGCCGUUCCUAAUAUUUGAAAUUUUGUUAAAAAAUUUGUUGUAAGUUUAACGUUUGUUGUUAAUUACUUUGCAAGUCCAAUGUAAAUCAAAAAUUGUUUUAUCAAAAAAGGAAUGGAGAAGAUUAGAUAGUUUAAAAAUACUAAGAGUUUUAUUUUUGCUUUAUUAAAAAAGUACAUAUAUUAAAGCGGUCCUAUUUUUCUGUCUAAUAACACAGGGCCCGCCCUUCAUGCAAGUUUUUUUGAAUUUCGGGUCUACUCUAAACAAAGUAAAUAAAAAACUACUAAGACACACAAUUAGAAUUGAAUUAGCUUGCGCAUUAUUUUGUUACUAUAUUUAGUUAACGCACUGCAUUGCUACAUAUUCUCUAUUACAAUAAAUACUACUACCCCAUCUGACUUAGUAAAGUCCAGUGCAACGAUAUAUUAGAAUGGUCAACCGUCCAUGACCCGUUUUGACGGGUGACCAUUCUAAUAUAUCGCUGCACUGGACUUUAACAACUAAUUAUUCAAUAUUAGAAGCUCCGGAGCUUUUUGACAAAUGAAAUGCCAAAAAGAAAAAAAUCACAUAAUCUCAUUUCACCUAACAGUUCAAAAUGGACAGAAAGUCAGAAAAAGAGCAAGAACCUAGAAAUAUGUUAACGCACAAGAUAUUUCAUCUAAAAUCAUCAAUUUGGUGAUUUCAGUUUUUGUUGCGUUAUUUUAUUUUUCCUAGACUCGAUUAGUCCAAAUUCUGAUAAAUUUGAUGCUACUAAGCUAAAAAAAGAAUUUAACGGAAUUUCACCUUAAAUUAUUCUGGUCAUAGUUGUACGCUAGUCUUCCGAAUAUUAUUGUUACCGAGUUGUAUAAUGGUUAUGAGCGCAAUAUUUUGCUGCGCAAGUAAUGUAAGCAAAUAUAUAUGUAAUUAACCCAAAUGUUGUAAAAUUUAUUAAACAAUGCGGUAAACAUACAUAUUGUAAACUCUUGAUAUAUUUGUAAAUUCUAAUUUUACAGUCCCCUUUUUGACAUUAUUUACACCUGGAUUCAUGCGCUAUAUGAAAUCUAAAAUAUGUGCGAGUCUACGCAUCUAUCGUAAAUAUAUAAAUAUAUGGGAUUUCCAGAUCAACAAUAUGAACAAAAUCCUCCAGUUUUAAUUUAAAUAAAAAAUUAAACUCUGUCUUGAUUAUAUUUUUAAUAGUUUAUAUAGGAUAACAAAAUAACAGAAAAUAUAAAGGUAAUAUAUUCACAAAGUUUCUUUUUUUUUAAUACACAGUCAUUUUGAACUGAACUUCUGCUUGGCAAGGAAAAUUUGCUUCCUUAAAGCCCUAAAAUGUUUGUCCUGAUUUUUAUGUUAGGCCCAGUUGCAUCCAAUUGUUCAAUCAAUGUUUUUUGGCCAAACUCAAAAGUAAGAUCUAAAUUUGAAAUUACUAAUCCCUAUAGUAAUUUUAUAAGACAUAACGCACGGACCAUAAUUGCCCAUUAACCUUUCUCGAACGUUUUAUGAAAAGCAGUGUUAUUAUGGGCAAAUGGUCCUGCUAAGUUUUUUCAGAAGGUUUCUGUUAGCAAAAGGUGUCCUGCAUUACUUAGUUCAGAUUAACGAGCAGUUUCAGGUGACUUGUUUUUUUUUAACCUAAGUGAUUAUUGGUUCAAUCUAUUGUCUUUGGCUAAUAUUUACGUUUUAAGUAUUUAGAUAUACUUAACAUUCAGUAAAUUUAUUGUGAAUAAUAUAUUAAUAACUAAUUGGAUUUGUUAUCUAAAAAGAAAUGAUCACAGAACAAGUCAUAAUCUACAAAGCCAUCUUCAAUCUUAAUGGAUUUUUUAAAAUGUAGAUGUUAUAAAAAAAAAGUCCCACGAAAAAUACGCAGUUUUAAGGAAUACUUAAAGGACUGUUUACUUCGAUGAUUUCAUCAAGCUCCUUUAAAAUAAUGCUCUCUCUGCAAGUGGCUGAUAGUGUGUCGUCUUCUGGAUCUUGCUGGAUGACAUGAUUAGUUUGGACAGCUUUAAAAAUGACAAUAUGAAAUUUGACAUUAUGAUAAAUACAUUUGUGGCAAAUAACAUGAAAUUAUUUAUAUAUCUACCUGAAAAAGAAAUAAAUCCAAUAUCGUUUACUUUUGUUUAUUUUUCGUUUUUUACUGUACCUUAUAUCAUCUUUAUGGUGAGAUAAGAGUUCCAAGAACUGAUUUUUCUAGAAUUUACCUUGAUAAAUCAUCAUCGAGACUUGGAGUUUAAUUUUUUCAUUUUAUACGAAAUUAUAUCAUGUUUACGUAAAUGAAAUAAUUUUUCUAAUAAAGUAGGUUUUCAUAUCGUGAUGGAUAUGAGUAUCUUUUAAAAAAAAUAGUUUUAAAAGUUUCUGUAAUUUUAUUCUAGUGUAUAAUGGAGUUUUAAUUACUCUUUAAACCUGUAGUAGCUAUUUCUUCACCCAUACAAUAAUGCUCUCUGUAAGGUGCCAAAUUAAAUGUCUACAGGGACUAUGUUGAAAAUAUUGUAUUGUUAAACUACUAAUAGUUUAUUAUAUACACUUUUAGCAAUGUAUUAAAAAGCGUUAACUAAAAACGAUUUGUUGAUUAUUUUUAUAAUAUAUAAUCUGUCGACGAAUUAUGCAAGUAAAACAUAAGACAAGAAGUAGAAUAAAUACUUGCAAAGCAUCACCGACAACAAUAACUAUUUUGAAGUUUCAAACUGUUUGAGCCAAGAUACUGUUAGUGCUAAGUAAGUUCAAGUUGUAAACUGUGACUAAUACGUUAUAAGACAUGUUGUAAAAGUUAAUAUUAAGCGUGUUAGAUGAAGGUAUUUCAGAAUUAAAUUAAACCAUUAAAUAACAAAACUUAUUUUCAUACAGACUUUGAUGUAAAUUGUAACAAUAUUUACCAUACCAAGUCUAAAAUUUGGGAUAGGUUACACAGGCUGUAUAAAAAUCAUCUAUUAAACUUAUGUUGCCUGAGUAAGCUCAAUUUUUUUAGAACCCUUAUGACAGAAAAUUUAACUGUGUUCUUCCUAUUGAUAUUUAUAAACAAUGAGUCUUAAAAUUUUUGAUUAUAAGUAAAAAUAAAAUAUCCGUAUUUUUUCUGGUAUUCACGGAUUAAGCUAUAAGAAUCCAUUAUUCGAGCCAAUGGUGUUUUCUGAAGUAAGUACACUAAUUUUAAAAAUAUCCUAACCGAUACGAAAAUUCUAAUUUCUGAGGUACUCUGCUAUAUAUGGUAUGGUCAGUACCCGGCAAAUAGAAACCAAUCACAAAAUGAUCCUAUAGUGAUGUAUAUUUUAUUAACAAAGUCAUUUAAUGCAAUAGGUAAUGUUUAAUUACCCUUGGGUAAUUCGUUUUUCUUUUGUAUGUGUGUGAAUAUGAAAAUGUACUCUUUUCUCUUGCCUGUUUCAUUUUACAUCUCUUAUUAACAUCCUAACUAUCCUAUUAUUUGGCUUUUAUUUUAGAAGAUCUGAAUAAUUUAAUAAAUUUUCUGAUUUUUUGGGCGUUUUCUCUGAAAUUUGUUAAUGUGUAUUUUUUUAAAUUAUGCUGAAAGUGCCGAAACAAUAAUACGAUUUUAUGUUUUUAUCUAUGUAAUUAUUUUUUUAAUGAAAAUAAUUUUAACAGCCUUUAAAUUCUCUAUACAAAAUCUAUGUACAUAUUUCACUUCAAACAUGAUACGUGAAAUAUAUAUAUUCCUGGUAAAUUAUUAAGCCUCCCACAUCAAUCAGUCAUAUCGUAUAAAUAAUGAUUAGUGCCAAAUAAGGAUUACGCAUAAUUGUCUAAUCGUAUAUACGUCACCUUUAGCAGUAAACAAAAAAAAUAUCCCCUACAGUAAAUUUUAAAACUUUUAGAUUAAUACUUUUAUUUUAAUUUUUAAAUAAUAUUCAGUUAGUUAAAGUUUUUUAGAAUUACUAUUAUACAACAAUUUAUUAAAUAUUUUUUACUAAAGACUUGUGUAGAAGUCCUUAAUUUGUACUAGCAGCCAAAAAUUGUUUCCAUUAAAAUAAACUGAUAUUAGGAGGACGCACAAUUAUCCACAUAAAGGUCGUUAAUUAAAUAACACAGGGUAUUAGUUGAUGCAAAAACAUCGUCUAUUUAUCUAUACUCUAUCUACAUCUUUAUAUUGUUCUAUGACGUUUGUAUAUAUAAUUUAUUAUGAGUGUGUUAAGGUUAGUUACUUUAUCUUAUAAAAAAAACUAUCGUGUGCUUGGACCAAAGCUGACACUAUCAGUGUUUUAUUAUACAAACUUGUAUGUAUACUUGUAAUUGUUGAUAUAUAUAUUUAUAUAUAUUUGUUAAUGCAAAGUAUAUUAUGUAUGUUUUUUUAUUUUCUGUAUAUGUUAGUGUAGGUUUUCCACCUUAUUGUUUUCUUCAUUUAGAAAUUAAGCUGUUAAAUUAGGCUAUAAUAAUAAAAGCAAUAACGUGUUAACUAACUGAGGUUUUAUUUGCAUUCGCGCAAUAUGAAUGUAUCAGAAAUGGUUAAAAUAUGUAGAGCACCUAUUGCGCUCCUACUGCCUAUUUGUUUUUCAAAUAAAAAUAAAUUCCACAACACG